AUGCCACGGACAACGACGGUGGAUAGCCCUGGCUGCCCUUCUCUCCGAGCCUUAACCUUCGAUGCCCUCGGCCUUGUCAAAGUUAUUGAGGCACAUGAUGGAGAGAGCGGAGGUGCUGCUAAGAUGGUGGAGAGGUGGGGCGAACCGGAUGCAUCUAAAUGCGUGCUUGCAGUUUCCAUGGUCGACCGAGAGUCCGACCCACUGGUCGGUAUUGCAAGGAAAUGUGGUUCUGUUGAGGUGAUUAGUGCUAUUAAUGGGGAUCUUAGGGCUCAAAUACCGAACUUGCGUCUAUCUGCAGCAACUCCCGAGGAAGAUGCCAUCGUUGGUUUGCAUUUGUUUUCAAAACAUCAGCCUGAGUCAUCGUCAAGGUCAUGUACAUUGUUUACCUGCACGACAAAAGGGCGUGCCAGUAUGGUAUCUUUUGAGUUUGGCAGAACUGUAGCAGAUUUUGUUCGUGAUUCCUCACCAACAGUGUGGAAUGUAUGCGGAUCUGGUGAUAUUUUAUGUUCAAAAGUGGAUGGAAAAGAGAAUUAUGCUUUGUUUGGAGGGAAGGGCGUUGAAGUUAAUGUAUGGGAUCUUCAAAAGUGUGUUAAGAUCUGGACAGCAAAAUCUCCCCCAAAAGACAGUCUUGGAAUAUUCACCCAAUCUUGGUUUACAUCUGCAACCUUUUUGUGUAAAGAUGAUCACCGCAAAUUCGUCGCUGGCACAAAGUCUCAUCAGGUUCGUCUAUAUGAUAUUGCGGCUCAGAGAAGGCCCGUGAUGUCAAUUGAUUUCAGAGAAACCCCAAUUAAGGCAGUCUCUGAAGAUACUGACGGUCAUACAAUUUACGUAGGAAAUGGCUCAGGUGACCUUGCUUCUAUUGACACACGAACAGGGAAACUUUUGGGAUGCUUUAUCGGAAAAUGUUCUGGAAGUAUAAGAUCCAUAGUGAGGCAUCCUGAACUUCCUGUGAUUGCUUCAUGUGGUCUCGAUAGAUACUUGCGCAUUUGGGACAUAGAGUCGAGGCAACUUCUGUCAGCAGUUUUCUUGAAGCAACAUCUUUCUGCUAUUGUUUUCGACUCAUAUUUCCAUAACAAAGUUGCUUCCGACCCUACUCCACAAGUUACAAAUAUGGUAGACAUAGCUGAUGCUGAAGCUCAUCCUAUUCCUGCCAAAAGGAAAGAGGAAUCUAGAGACGAUUGUCCGAGUAGGAAGAAGAAAUCUAAGAGUAGCAGGAGAAGGUCUAAAGUUGAACAAGAUUGA